CCGGCGCUACAUGUACGUCGUGGCACGUGACUCGGACCGACCGUCGGAGGAGGUGCCGUAUCGUCGGUUAUUCGAAUAAUUCGUUUUAUUUUUUUUCCCUUCGUAUUUUCUCGAGUACUUACGCAUUGGUAGUGGAAAUAUUUUUUUUUCCAGUGAAUUUUACCCUCCCCGUCUCUCGGCCGUCCACGAAUUACGAUACACCACCGCAAGCGGUUACCGCGUGGUCGUCCGCGGACAUGCCGCCGGCGCGACACCGUCUUCCGCGUCACGUCCGCCGUUAUCACGGUCACGGUUACCACUCGCAGCAUACCGCGGCCGGGCCACGGUGCUAUGGCUUCUAACUGAUAAGAAAACGCCGAUCAAAUCUUAAUUGUGCGUUAAUCCGCUCUGCCGACGUAACCACCGGCUUAAGCUGUUGCGAUAAGAAGAAAAAUCCGAAAAAUGCAAACCGAACAAUAUCCGUUUCCGCCGCCCAUGGACACCAUCCAACAGUACGUGGGUCCGUUCAGGCUGGAAAAGACACUGGGCAAAGGGCAGACCGGACUGGUCAAGCUGGGAAUCCACUGCGUGAACGGCAAAGAAGUGGCCAUAAAAAUAAUCAACAGAGAAAAACUCAGCGAAUCGGUUCUGCAAAAGGUGGAAAGAGAAAUUGCAAUUAUGAAACUAAUCGAUCAUCCACACGUUUUGGGACUGUCUGACGUAUAUGAAAACAAACGUUACUUGUACUUAAUAUUGGAGCACGUGUCUGGUGGAGAACUGUUCGACUAUUUAGUAAAGAAAGGUCGACUCACGCCCAAAGAAGCCAGACGGUUUUUCCGGCAAAUCAUUUCAGCCUUGGACUUUUGUCAUAGUCACUUGAUUUGCCACAGAGACUUAAAGCCCGAAAACCUGUUGCUGGACGAGAAGACUAACAUUAAAAUCGCAGACUUUGGCAUGGCGUCACUGCAGCCCAACGGAAGCAUGUUGGAGACCAGUUGCGGGUCACCGCACUACGCUUGUCCGGAAGUCAUUCGCGGUGAAAAGUAUGACGGUCGAAAAGCAGAUGUCUGGUCAUGUGGAGUGAUCCUAUACGCUUUACUGGUCGGCGCUCUGCCUUUUGACGACGACAAUUUGCGACAGUUGUUGGAAAAAGUGAAAAAAGGCGCCUUUCACAUACCGCACUUUGUGCCACACGACUGCCAGUCCUUGCUGCGAGGCAUGAUCGAGGUGGAUCCAGAAAAACGAUACACGUUAAAGGACAUCAUCAGACACCCUUGGGUGGCCGCCGGCAACAAAGGAGAAGUUCACUUGGGUAUGUCAAUGAUUGACGUCAUACAAACCCAUAUUAUUCCGUCCUCCAGCGAUUUAGAUACAGACGUACUCCAGGCCAUAUCGAGUUUGGGCUGUUUCAAAGACCGGGAAAAGCUUAUAGCUUCUUUGUUGAGCAUCGAACAUAAUACAGAAAAAGUAAUAUACUUUCUGUUACUCGAACGGAAAAAACGACGACCAGCAAACGACGACGACUCGACUGUGGUGAAAAAUUCUUGCAAUUACACUUUCGACCCGCCCAAAAAGAGGGUGGACAAGUGUAAAAUGAUCGACGACAUCGACACCAAUUUCUCACAGAUCAGCGCCGGUUCACCUGCAACGCCUCGCAGACAGAUAUUACAGAAUCGCGUUUACUUCAGAAGAGGCAGUUACAACAACGGGGCCUCGACCAGCGGCAACUUGAGUACUGGAAUGGACGGCUCGUCGACGUUGGCCGGUAUCUUAUCGCCCUUGCCGUAUAGGUCGAACAGCUCAAAUUACCGUUACCUAAACCACAACUACAAGGGCCCGUCUAAACCACCUCCAAGUUCGUCGCACGGGUCUUACACGACUCACAGUCAGCCCAACAGCAGUGGCGGCAGCAACAGCAGCAUGGAAACGGUAGGAGUAAGUGCAGUGCGAUCCUUGCCGGUUGUUCCGCCGUCACCUGUGCAUCACGCCAAACAGUCGAAAGUCGACACCAACCAUCCGUCAACAGUAGGACCUACGCCACCAGAGUCACCGUCGCAUGUCCAAACCCAUUGGAAAUCCAGACUGACAUCUAUUCGAAAUAGCGUUUUGGGUUCACCCAGAUUCCACAGGCGCAAGCCACAACUUGAUGUAAUGGAUAAUGUGUACAGGCCAACUCCGCCGGCUUCUCCAGAAAUUACAAAGAAAUCCUGGUUCGGUAGCUUGUUGGCUUCCGAAAAAGACGAAUCGUUUACCAUUUUGAUGACCGGAAAACCGCUGUCCAUCAUCAAGGCUGACUUGAUACACGCUCUCCUUUCGAUAGCGGAGUUGAGCCAUACACUAAUCAACUCUGUGUCGUUUCACGUCGAGUACAAGAAAGGAUCAGGAAGCACCGCCAUGUUCCAAAGGCAAGUUCGUUUUCAGAUAGCCAUCACAGACAUCACAAAUUCGAACCCAUCAAGAGAACCAUUGUUUGCAAUUGUAUUUUCUCUGCUUACUGGUAACAUACGCCGGUUUCGGAGGGUUUGUGAACAAAUCCAGAAGCUGAUGUGUGCCAGGAAAGCGCCGCCACCUUCGCCCAGGGCCGGCAGAAAGUUCAACGGGGACAUAUCGGAGAGCUCGAGCUGCGGUUCGGACGGGUCGGAGAGGCUGGCCGCGUCUUACGUGAGCAUAAGAAGCGCAAAUUCCGACAGGGACGAAAAGAACCUCCGGUUGACGGCAAACAGAGGCGGUGGCAUUUCAAAAUCAGACGGUAAGGGUACGGACCCGCCGAGGAGACGCAGCACCAGCUUGCAGGUCGGUCCCAUCCCGCAGUUCAACGGGGCCGGCAAAACGUCUCCUUUAGCUGAUUCGUCAGCGAGCAUUGUCUGCAGAGCCAGCAGCAGCAACAGCUCGGCCGAACAGCAACUACUACUGCCCAAAAGCGAUUCGAAACCGACCGACAGCCGUCGAUCGUCCGGUUCUUGAUCGACAUAAUGCUGAAAAACACUUCCCGCGUUUGUGUUUAGUUGAAUAGAUAUUUUUCGAUAAUAACAACCGACCGAAGUGAUAGACAAAUAGGCGUAGGUCAUAGGUAUCCAACGGUGCAUACCCGCCGCAUCGUUUUCCAGCCCAAGAAAAAUAGACUUAUAAAUCGUUUAUGUAAAUACAGUAUGUUACUUUAUUUUAAAUGGUUGAUCUUCGUACGACGCUCAUAAACGAUCAUCUACCGUGUUAUGUAUGAUUUAUUGAUUACUGUAAAAGCUAAGUUUGAUGUUCUACAGAGAUUUGUCGUGGUCGGUUAGGUUGUCGUCUCCGGUGGUCCGGUUAAGUAUACAGCAAGUCCAAUCAACAAAACACAGCUCACAUUCGGUCACAGAUGUUUGAUAGUUUCAAAAUGGUUGAAAUUCUUAAGCUGCCGAGUGCAAUUUUAUCUAAUCUUAUAAUUAUCUUUCAAAACGCUUCGACCCGACCAAUGGAAACGACAACUGAUCACCGCCACAUCUGCCAAACUGGUCGUGGCCAUCAAAGGAUGUGCAAACUCUCAUUGAACGGUGCCCAAUUCGAUAAAAAUUCGUAUUAUUAGUGUUGUAAAAUAUACUUUGACGGACAACAAGAGCACAAGUGCAAUUUUCUUAACGUGGUUAUCCAAAAUAUAAAAAAGUUUAUUUUCUACCCUACAAUAACAUUGUUAUAUCUAAUAUAAUCCAAGCAUUUUUUGGCAUUUGGCGUUAACGUUCAUCUACUUGCCUAGUGUAAAAAUAAUAUUAUAAUACCUAGACUUCAUUAUCGUACUUGCGCUGUUGUUGUUGAUGAUGUUUGUUGGGGCAUAUUACUAAUCCAUAAUCCAUUGUUACCUAAACGAUAAGUCCAUAAUAUUACGUUGCGUAUUAUAUAAGUAAAUUAAACGAUUAUUAAUAUACAGUGCAAAACGGUAAGUAAUAUGUGUUCAGUAGCUACCGUUAAAAUAUUAUAAUAAAACUAUUUAAUAAUUGAAAUAAUAUUAUAUUAUUAUGCGUAACCGACAUAGCGCAGGAAUAGUACUUAAAUAGAAAUUACGGUAAAUAAGAUUAUCGAUAAGAGUAUUAAUUAUUAUGUUAAGUAUACUAUACUAGCGGAGACCUAUUUUUGCGCUCCUUUUACAGAAAAUAUGAUACUAGCAUUGUGAUCUCUAAGCCUAUUACUACGUUGAUACCGUAUAUGUUCUAGACAAUUUAUGUAUAUAUAGGUUUAGUACACCAAGCAAAAUACCCCCAAAAAGUUGGUUUAACAAUAUGUUAUGUAUUAUUAUUAUUAUACAUUUUUGAUUGAAUAUUAUACGAAAAAACGCUGGCGGGCACGAAAAAUAGUGUAAAAAAAAUACAUACAUAUAUAAUCUUAAAUGAUCUAUUUUUAAGGGUUAAAUUUUUUUUUUUUGGCGUUUAAGUAAUUUAAUUGUAAAUUAAAACGAAUAGACUUUUUGGUCGCUUUACCGGUGGAACGCUUCUUUAUUCUUGAAUCUUAGCUAUUUAAAAUAUUUAUACAUUAUAUUUAUAUUAUAUUUUCGUUUCCUUCGCAUUUUCCUUAGCGUCAACCGCCGUCGCAGCGGAGAUCUCUCUUAGCCUAAUUAUUAUUAUUAUUAAAACUGAAGUUAUUUUUUUAGCUAGUCGCAAAACAUAAAAGCUUAAUGGCUGAUAUUUGAUUGUUAUAACAAAAUAUAUUAUUAUAUUUUACUUGUUCUUUUGUUUUAUUUUUAAACAAAAUUUGCACUGUGAUCUUUGUUUUUUUUUUUAUUAAUUAUACCUAUACUCGUAUUGUAUUAUUGUUUGUCCUUAACGUACAUUUUUUUUUUGUGUAUACAAAAUCAAACAUUUAAAUAUUAAAAAUAAAAAUGUAAAUUAGUUACAUUAUCUUAUUAUUUAAAUUAUUAAGAACAAUUAUAAUCUAAUGUAACCUAUAGGGAGAGUAUGCUUUUCGAAACGUUUUUCCUGAGCGAAUUUCUAAAUCACAUAACAAUUAUUAUAGUAUAUACAUAUGUAAUCAUAUUAUUACUGAAUAAUAGGUUAAGGCAAGUCUGUUUGAGCAAAUUUCCUAGGAAUUUAAACGAUGUCGUUUUGAUUACGUACUUAAGUACGGUUUUCUCCAUUUAUUGCAGGGACUUACUAAGAUGAAAAAUAAUAAAUAACUCGAUGCCCUCCCCGCCAACUAUAUCAUAUUUUUUUAUGAGACACUUUUUACCCGUGCCUAAGUUUUAAAGGGUUGACGGUCGAUAUUGUUGCAUAAUGCCGUUUUAAAUACUUCAUGAAUAGACAUAAUAAAUAUACUCAUCAUUUAUAAGACUUAUAGACCGAAAGUGGCGUAAGUAGGUAAGUUGGCUCUCCAUUAAAUCCUCUAAGGCCACGCCAAAUUUUUUAGUAAAAUGAUUUAUAAAAUUGUCGAUUUUAAACUUUUUACAUAUUGAAAAUAUUGUUUUAGCGAUACAAACUCAAAAGAGUUAAGCUUUAUAAAAACAGAAUUAGGACACUAUAUUGUUAAAUUGGAGCAGAAUUUAGUGGAAUUUUAAAAAAAAUCACAAACCAAACAAUUUUAAAAUAGAAUGUAAAGACUUAGGGGUUAAAGAGCCGGAUUGGAUUUUCGAUAUCCUAAUUAAAAAUUCGGAUUUUGCCCAAAUUAAAUUUAAAUAAAUUUAACAUUGUAAAACCCAGAAAUGCGGUUCUAUACCAUACAGGAAAAAGUAUUUAAAUAAUAUAAAAUUUUGUAAUAAUUUAUUAUUAAAACAUUUUUUAAUAUCUAACAAAUAUUUAAAAAUCCUAUUUUGAUGGGAAAUCAAGUACCUACACAAUUGUUUGUUUCGGUUAGAAUUACUAUACAUUAUGUUUAGGAAAUAUUACCUAUUUAAACAAAAGGCGAUCACCUAGGCAAAUAAAUUAAAUAUAUUUAAAAGCAAGUAACAAAUUAAAUAAAUACUGUGUGGUUUCAAAUUCAAUUAGACUUUGGUCUUUGCCCCCUUCGGUCCUAUAUUUCCAUGUCUUUAGUAUUAUUAUUUUCGUUGUUUUACAUUUAAAAACAAAAAUACAAAAAAUCGUUUGCUUUAUACUUUUUUUUGCUUAACUAUUAAACAGCACUCGGUUUUCUAAGUAACGUAGUAAAAUAUACCA